AUGUCGGAUGGCGAAAAGCUCUCCAAGGUCGACUCGGCCGACACUGACGUCGAAAAGGGCGAGAACGAGCCUGUCAAGGACAUCAAGGAAGUCAGGAACAACGCACCUCCUUCGCGGAAGUUUGACUUCGACACCGGCGAGGAGCGUGUCCGCUUCCGCCGUCAUUGGUGGCAAAUUUGGGUUCCGAAGGGUCGCCCGCCGCCACCUCCUGCAUCCUUGGACGAUGCGACUAUUAUUCCACUGGUGACCGCGUCCAUUUUCGCUAUCCUGACAUACAGAUGGAUCAAUCCAAUAAUGACGCUGGGGUACCAGCGCACCCUACAGGCAACGGACCUUUGGAAAAUGGACUACAGCCGUGAAUCCGGCAACCUCGGACAGCAGCUGGAUGAGGCGUGGGCGCGCCGCGUCCAGGCGGCCAAGGAAUGGAACGCGCGGUUGGACAACGGCGAGAUACGCCCCAGCGUCUUCAAACGCAUCAAGUGGUCUCUCCAGGCUUUGCGAGGCAAGGGAACCUAUGCCGAGCGCCGCGCCGCGCUUGAGACACACUGGCGCGAGGUUGACGGACGGAGGGAGGCCAGUCUCGCAUGGUCGCUCAAUGACGUCUUCGGGAGGGACUUCUGGUUUGGUGGCGCGUUCAAGGUCAUCGGCGACACUGCGCAGCUCAUGGGUCCUCUCCUCGUCAAGGCUAUCAUCAAUUUCGGUAAGGAACAUGCCGCCGCCGUCGCUGCAGGCCACAAGCCCCCGUCGCUGGGACGCGGCGCUGGUAUGGCUAUCGGGCUUUUCUGCACGACUGUCACGGCGAGCGUGUGCCAGCAUCAAUUCUUCUGGCGGUCGAUGAACACAGGGCUGCUCGCGCGCGCGGCGCUCAUCUCCUCUAUCUACAAGCGGGGUAUUUCGCUCACCGGGAAAGCUCGCACGACACUGCCCAAUGCCGCCCUCGUGACUCAUAUCUCCACGGAUGUCAGCCGAGUAGAUGCCUGUGCGCAGUGGUUCGUCACAAUAUGUUUGAUCAUUCUCUUGGUCCAGCUCGGUCCCUCUGCACUUGCCGGAUUUGCGCUCUUUAUAUUGAUCAUUCCGCUCCAAGAGCGUGUGAUGAGUUUCCAGUUCCGGACGAGCAAGGGGUCACUCCGAUGGACGGAUAAGCGGGCGAAGAUCAUCCUCGAAGUCCUCGGUGCGAUGCGCGUCGUGAAGUACUUCUGCUACGAGCAGCCGUUCUUGAAGCGUAUCUUCGAAGUACGCGUCAAUGAGCUCAAGGGCAUUCGGAAGAUCCAGAUUGCCCGUUCUGCGAACAUCGCCGCCGCGUUCUCCGUCCCCGUCCUCGCCGCCACGAUCUCGUUCGUGACGUACACUUCGACGUCACACGGCUUCAACGUCGCGAUCAUCUUCUCCUCGCUCUCGCUCUUCCAGCUGCUCCGCCAGCCGCUAAUGUUCCUGCCGCGCUCGCUCUCCGCGACGACGGACGCGCAGAACGCGCUCAUCCGACUCUCGCGGCUCUUCCACGCGGAUACGAAGAGCCCAGAUGACGCGUUCCUCAUCGACGAGGAGCAGAAGUUCGCGGUCGACGUCCGGGAUGCGACGUUCGAGUGGGAGGAGAGCAAGGACGUCGUGAACAUGCUGUCGAACCCCAACGAGGACAAGAAGGACAAGCAGGACAAGGGUAAGGGGACGGCCCGCGGCGCGGAGACCCCGAAGUCCAGCGCCCCGUUCCAGGUCAAGGACGUCACGAUGGCAAUUCCGAGAGGUACGCUCGUGGCGAUCGUCGGCUCUGUCGGUAGUGGGAAGUCGAGUUUGUUGCAAGGCCUGAUCGGCGAGAUGCGCAAGGUCAAGGGACACAUCUCUUUCGGCGGUCGCGUCGCGUACUGCUCUCAGACAGCAUGGAUCCAGAACGCCACUUUGCGCGAGAAUGUUCUGUUCGGCCAAGAAUUCGAGGAGGAGCGGUACUGGAAGGUCAUCGAGCAGGCAUCGCUCCUGCCUGACUUACAAGUAUUGGCUGAUGGAGACUUGACGGAAAUCGGUGAGAAGGGAAUCAACCUGAGUGGUGGCCAGAAGCAACGUGUGAACAUCGCUCGUGCACUGUACUUCAACGCGGACAUCGUCAUUUUCGACGAUCCACUCUCCGCAGUCGAUGCACAUGUGGGCAAAGCACUCUUCGCUGACGCUAUUGUGGGCGCGCUCCGUAACAACGGCAAGACGGUCAUCCUCAACGGAAGGAUCGAGGAGCAAGGAGCCUUUGCGGACCUUAUGGCUAACGGCAAGGAGUUGGCCCGUCUCGUGGCUGAGUACGGUGGCGAGUCCAAGGAAGAAGAGGACGAGGACGAGGCGGAGGUGGAGCUCACAGACGCCAAGCAGGAGGCACCUGGGCAACUUAAUGCCGCGAAGAACAAGGCCGAGGCAGUGCAGCGCAGUGGCGCCGGGACGGGCAAGCUCGAGGGCCGUCUGAUCGUCAAGGAGAAGCGUACGACUGGCUCCGUGAGCUGGAAAGUCUACGCCGACUACUUGAGGGCUGGAAACGCGUAUUAUACCGGCCCUAUCCUCGUCCUGGCCUUGCUCGCGAUGCAGGGGAGCAGCGUCAUGAACAACUAUACACUUGUCUGGUGGCAAGCAAACACGUGGGACAGACCGAACUCGUUCUACCAGAUCCUGUACGCAUGUUUGGGUAUCGGCCAGUCACUGUUCACCUUCGCAUCGGGUGCAAUCAUGGACGAAAUAGGCUUCUUCGUGUCUCAAAACCUGCAUCACUAUUCGAUACGAAACAUCUUCUAUGCGCCAAUGUCGUUCUUCGACACGACGCCCAUGGGUCGUAUUCUUAGCGUGUUCGGGAAGGACAUUGAGAACAUCGACAAUCAGCUUCCUGUCGUUUUAACUAUCGCAAACGUGGUCGGAAGCAUCGUCCUGAUCACGGCGGUCGAGCACUACUUCAUCAUUGCGGCCGUUGUCAUUGCCCUUGGGUAUAGCUACUUCGCCCAGUUCUACAAAGCAAGCGCCCGGGAGAUGAAGCGACUAGACAACAUGCUAAGAUCCCUUCUGUAUGCCCAUUUUGCUGAGUCGCUGUCUGGACUAGCCACCAUUCGUAGCUACAGAGAAGUAAACCGCUUCGUCCGAGACAACGAGUACUUCAUCGACUUAGAAGAUAGGGCAGCGUAUCUGACGGUCACCAACCAAAGAUGGCUUGCUAUUCGUCUUGACUUCCUUGGAGGCAUCACGACGUUCAUCGUCGCAAUCCUUGCGGUUUCGAACGCCUCUGGAAUUGACCCCGCUCAGAUCGGUCUCGUCUUGACCUACACCACUUCACUGACUCAGCUCUGCGGUAUGGUGACUCGACAGUCCGCCGAAGUGGAGAACUACAUGAGCUCCGUCGAACGCAUCUUGCAAUACAGUCGGGAUGACGUGAUCCCACAAGAGGCUCCGCAUGAGAUUCCGGAUCACAAGCCUCCUCCCGAGUGGCCGGCAAAGGGCGCGAUUGAGUUCAAUCAAGUCGUCAUGCGAUACAGAGCAGGGCUACCGUUCGUGCUCAAAGGCCUGACAUUGCAAAUCAAUGGAGGCGAGAAGAUAGGCGUUGUCGGCAGGACGGGCGCUGGAAAGUCGACCUUGAUGCUAGCAUUGUUCCGUAUCGUAGAACUGACGUCUGGAUCCAUCAAAGUGGAUGGGGUCGAUAUUUCCAAGAUUGGUCUGAAGGACCUUCGUAGCAAAGUUUCUAUCAUCCCUCAAGAUCCAUUGCUCUUCAGUGGAACGGUUCGAUCCAACCUUGACCCUUUCAACCUCUAUACGGACGCCGAGUUAUGGGACGCUCUACACCGUUCUUUUCUGGUCGAAGGUCCCAAAGCAGAUGCAGACGGCACGCACACACCGACGUCCCGCUUCAACCUCGAGACAGUGAUCGAUACCGAAGGCUCAAACCUCAGCGUCGGGGAACGCAGUCUACUCAGUCUGGCCCGUGCCUUGGUCAAGGAUAAUCUUGAGACAGACGCAAAAAUCCAGCACACUAUUCAGACUCAAUUCCGCCACAAGACGCUCCUGUGCAUCGCUCACCGCUUGCGCACGAUCAUCUCUUACGAUCGCAUCCUCGUCCUCGAUUCCGGAAAUAUUGCGGAGUUCGACACGCCGCAAAAGCUCUUCAACAUGCCCCAUGGUAUCUUCCGUGGCAUGUGCGAACGUAGCGGCAUCACACUCGAGGAGAUCGAACGCACGCGGUCGAAAAUGAUGUAG